CAAGUGGUCCUAUGGACAAAUACUGCGAACUAACACCCGAAGAGGCUGUAGCUGAAAGGAAGAGAAAACGUGUUGAUACGGUGCAGUCAAAACUGACAACUGAGAAGAGAGAACAGAAAAGGGCUCGUGCUUGCGAGUACAUCUGCCAGUGGUUCUAUGAAGCGUGCAUUCCAUUUAACGCAGUCACACUUCCAAGCUUUGACCUCAUGCUUCAGUCAAUCGGACAAUACGGCGAGGACCUGGAAGGUCCUACUCCUUAUCAAAUGGGUGGCCCAAUUUUGAAGAAGAGGAAGAAAAGAGUCGCGGAUUUCUUCAAGGUACACAGGAAAACUUGGGAGCUUAGUGGAUGUACAAUCAUGACAGAUGCAUGGACAGGCAUAAGAGGAAGAGGGGUAAUGAAUCUUGUUAUUCACAGUGCCUAUGGUGUGGUCUUUGUUAAUUCUGUUGAUUGUUCAGCUGUGAAGAAAGACGGAAAGUACAUCUUUGAACUUGUUGAUAGUUGCAUAGAAGAGAUAGGUGAGAAACACGUAGUUCAAGUGGUGACAGAUAACGCAAGUGUGAAUCAAGCGGCAGCAAAUUUGUUGAAAGCAAAGCGUCCCAACAUAUUUUGGAAUGGUUGUGCUGCCCACUCUAUUGAUCUAAUGUUAGAGGACAUUGGGAAGCUUAAAUCUGUUGACGGGACUAUUACAAAAGCUAGAGGUGUGACUGUAUUCCUUUAUGCACACACUAGAGUUUUGUCUCUAAUGCGGGAAUUCCUUGGGAAAGAUCUGGUGAGAUCAGGUAUUACUAGAUUUGCUACAGCAUACUUGAACUUGAGGAGCAUGUUGGACAGCAAGAAAGAACUCCAGAAGCUAUUUAGGUCUGAUCAAAUGGAUGAAAUGGGUUGCUUAAAAAAGGUGAAAGGAAGUGAAGCAAAACGGAGUGUGCGCUCUAAAAAGUUUUGGGAAGGAGUUGACAUUGCUGUCAAGUUCUUUGAGCCGUUGGCUAAUUUGCUGCGGAGAAUGGACAGUGAUGUACCAGCUAUGGGAUUCAUAUUCGGUGCUUUUUUGGAUGCAAAGCGAGAGAUUUUGGAGGUUUGAGGAUGAUGAAAGUAAUGUCCAGGAAGUGUUGGACAUUGUGGAUAAAAGAUGGGACAAAAAAUUGAAGGGCCCACUGCACAGAGCUGGAUAUUUUUUAAAUCCAUACUACUACUAUGAAAACAAGCUGGAAAUUGAGUUAGAUGGAACAUUUAAAGAUGGGCUUGUUGCUUGCAUGGAGAAAAUGGUUAGAGAUGGUGCCAAGGAAGACAUAAUGAUGGCCGAGUGUCAGGCAUAUCAAGAAGAAGCGGGGUCAUUCGGAAGAGAGAGUGCAAAAAGGCAGCGGAGAAAUAAAAGCUUUGAUCCAGCUGAAUGGUGGUCUAAUCAUGGGUCAAGUGCACCAAAUCUAAGGGUACUGGCGAUGCGGAUUUUGAGUUUGACAUGCAGCUCCUCGGCUUGUGAGAGAAACUUUAGUGUUUUCCAGCAGGUUCAUACUAAGAGACGCAACAGACUGCUUCAUGACAAAAUGUGUGAUUUUGUCUUUAUCAAGGCCAACUCACAACUCGAACAAAAGAGAGGAAUGAAAGACAGGGAUCCGAUUGAGGACAAAACAUAUGCAGAUGUUGUAGAAGAUGUUGUAGAAGAUGAAGAUAAUGAGUGGAUCACAGGAAUUGUGCCUGUCCAGGUUGUGCAAACUGUUGAUGAACCUGAAGUUGAACAGCGCAGUGUUGCUACUACAUCAAAAAGAAAGAAAGUUUCUAAGCCCAAGAAGAAGAAGUUGCUGCCUAUUUUUCGUGAUGAUGACCUGCAGCCUGUGGGUUCUUCCUCUGAAUCGGAAGAUGAUGCCACACGUUCUCCAUCUAGUUCAUCUGAUUAG